AUGUCGGAUAACACUGAAUCAAUCAAGACAGAAAAGCAAGCACUCAAUUUAGACGAGGCAAUUGCCAAAGGAUGGGAGAUUCCGGAUUUUACUAUCAAGGAAAUCCGUGAUGCUAUUCCUUCCCACUGCUUCCGUAUUGACACUUUUCGGUCCUUUGGAUAUGUUUUACACGAUUUCUUUUUUGUCGCACUACUAAUGUACGGUGCCAGCAAGAUUGACACUCUGUCAUCUCCAUAUAUUCGAUUUGUCCUAUGGGCUACCUACAGUGUCUUACAAGGAAUUGUGGGUACUGGUCUUUGGGUUAUCGGUCAUGAAUGUGGACAUCAAGCAUUCAGUCCUUCAAAGACAAUAAACAAUAGCGUUGGUAUAAUUAUCCACAGCCUAUUGCUUGUUCCAUACUACUCUUGGAAGAUUUCUCAUUCAAAGCAUCACAAGUCUAAUGGGCACUUGUACAAUGAUAUGGUAUAUGUUCCUAGAACACGAUCGCAUAGAAAGCUAGGACCUAAAGAAGAGGACCAUGAGCUCGACGGACCUCACAGUGCUCUUAUGGAAUCCCCUAUUGUAGAAACAGCAAAGAUCUUCAGACUGGUUGUGUUCGGGUGGGUUUGUUAUGUCUUACUUGACGUAACCGGAAAGCGUCCAAAGAAAACCUGGACAUCACAUUUCAACUUCAAUUGCCACAUCUUUGAGGAACAUAACUAUGCAGACUUUGUCAAGUCAAACAUUGGAUUAGCUGUCGCAAUCUCUGGCCUAGUCUGUGCUGGCCAAAUUUACGGCUCGAUGACUGUAAUGAAGUAUUAUGUGUUCCCUUAUCUUUUUGUCAACUGCUGGCUUGUCUUGAUCACCUAUCUCCAGCACACCGACUCAGCGAUUCCCCGUUAUAGUCCCAAUGUGUGGAACUUCCAACGUGGCGCUGCUCUCACAGUUGAUCGCUCAUAUGGGCCCAUACUGAAUCAUUUCCACCACCACAUUUCGGACACUCAUGUAGCCCAUCAUUUCUUUUCUAAUAUGCCACACUAUCAUGCAGUAGAAGCCACUAAGCACAUCAAGAAGGUUUUGGGAAAACAUUAUAUGUCUGAUGACACCCCUAUUCUUCAGGCAUUGUACAAAUCAUACAGAGAAUGUAAAUUUAUUGAAGACGAAGGCGACGUUCGUUUCCUCAAGAAUUAA